AGGAAACAGCAGCUGGUGGCUGAGGAAGGGAGCUGAUGUGUCUGUUGGAGCUUGAGGGGUAGCGGGAGGAGGUGAAAGGGCCUCCCCAAAGGCUCUGCCGGAUUAAUCAAAGAUGCAAACCGACAGAAUUCAGAAAUGUGUGAAUCCUUGCAAGUUGCCUGAAGGAUUUCAAAGCAAGGUCGUGGCACCUCGCAAUCCGAAGCUGAUCAGAGAAGAAAAGAAGAAGGAUGCCCCACUGACUCCAUCUACCUUCCUGAAAGAGAUGUCUCUCACAACGGAGCAGAAACUGGCAGACACCCAUGAGAUGCGCCUCCCUCGCAUCGUCCAGCUUUUAGACAUGAGCGAAACUUCGCACCAGAAGUUCUCUUCUGUCGAUCUGGACCAGACGCUGUUUCAACCAUUCCCAUCAGAAGUGAUUUUCCAGAAUUUUGCCCCUUGCGAGAUCUAUGAAGUGCCACUGAUUCUGCGGAACAAUGACAAGAUUCCCAGGCUGGUGAAAGUGGUCCUGCAGAGUUCACCCUAUUUUCAAGUCAUUAGUCCUAAUAACGUGUGCAACAAAGUUGCACCUGGCAUGCCAUCUACAUUUCGCAUCCUCUUCACUCCGGAGGAGAACAAGGAUUAUUUGCAUGAGGUGACCUGCAUUACCGAAAGGGAAAAAUUUAUUGUGCCUAUCCGAGCCAUUGGAGCCAGGGGCAUUCUGGACUUCCCUGACCAGCUGAAUUUCUCUACCUGCCCUGUCAAGUACAACACACAGAAAACGCUGCUGGUUCGCAACAUUGGGAACCGAGAAGCCCGCUAUCAGAUCACUACGAAGAGCCCUUUCGCUGUUGAACCCUCCACUGGGACCCUUGGAGUUGAGGAGACCACACAGUUCACAGUUGAAUUUCUGCCACAGGAGACGGGCAAUCACUCUGAAGACCUGGUAGUGCAUUACGACACAGGGGAGGAUAUCCAUGUCCACAUCUAUGGCGCAGCUGAAGAUGUUAAUGUGAGACUGGAGAAGAACUCCUUGACCAUCGAGAAGACCUACAUCACUUUAGCAAACCAGAAGUCUGUAGCUAUUCACAAUCGGAGCAACAUCAUUGCUCAUUUCCAGUGGAAGUUCUUUGUGACACAAGCAGAGGAGGAACAGAAAAAACAGCUGUUCUGCCGUUCACUGAAGGUCGAGGAAGACGGUGUGGUUGAUCUGUUUCUGGAGGAAUGCAUCACAAAUCCCGCUCUCCGUGAGCACCUCUCCAUAGUCACCCGGACGUUUCGGAACCGCCAGGCAGCAGUGUAUGAGGACCCCAUGCUUUUCAACAACAACAUCUUCACCAUUGAACCUCUGGAGGGAGAUGUCUGGCCCAAUUCCACAACUGAAGUGAGCGUGAUUUUCAGGCCUCAAGAAGCGGGGAUUUAUCAUCGCACCGUGUAUUGUGAUAUCUCAGGCCGUGAGAGCAGACUCCCUCUUCGUAUCAAAGGAGAGGCCAUGGGUCCCAAGCUGCUUUUCAACUUUGACCAGCUGAACAUUGGCAAAAUUUUCAUUGGGUCAGCCCACAGUUAUGAGGCCAUCCUGUCUAACCAAGGAGCUAUAGAUGCCCUCUUUAGUAUGAAGUCCUCGUACACAACGCAGGGCUCCUGCUUUAGCUUUCAUCCCAGCGAAGGUAUCAUCCAACCUGGAGACCAUCAAGCCGUCCAGAUUACCUUCAGUUCCACAAUGCUGGGAGAGUUUUCUGAAGAGUUCCAGUUCAAUGUCAAUGGAUCUCCCCAGCCUGUGAACUUAGUGAUCAGGGGUUGCGUUAUUGGACCUACAUUUCAUUUCAACGUCCCGUCCCUCGAUUUUGGGGAUGUCUCCUUCGGUUUUCCUCACACUCUUUCCUGCUGCAUCAGCAACACAUCUCUGGUACCGAUGACCUUCAGCCUUCGCGUCCCAGGAGAUGGCUGUGAGCCAAGCGUUGAGAGUCGAAUUCAAGCCUCUGACAUCACACGGGAAAGCUGGAAAAAGGCACAUGUUGGAAACGCGAGGCCAAAGGAAUUUGCCAUUUAUCCCAGCCAUGGUACCAUCCGUUCGCAAGGGCUCAUGGAUAUCCAGGUGACCUUAUGUUCCAACACUGUGAAGAAAUAUGAAACGGCGCUGGUGGUCGAUGUGAAGGGUAUCGGUGAGGAAGUGCUGGCACUUCUAAUUACAGCCAGAUGCAUCACACCUGACCUGCGAGUGGCUGAUCCCACCGUGAAUUUUGGACGUUGUUUCCUGAAGUUCCCCUACCAGCAAGUGGUGUGUGUCAUUAAUGACAGCGACCUGCCAGGGUGCUAUGGCCUCCUCCCCCAGGUCUGUGAAUAUAAAAAGGACACACCAAUCCUAUAUUCCAGUCCUGCACCAUGUGGCAUCAUUGCGCCUCAUGCCGUGGUUGAGAUCCCCGUUGCUCUGGAAGUCCAGGAGAUGGGGCAGCAGGAAGCCACAGCCCGCAUGGCUGUUUUUGGGAGUAAAGACCCACCUCUGGCAAUUGAUCUGGUGACCUUUGGAGAAGGGCCGGUUGUUUAUGUGCAUCCUUCUAAUCUAGAUUUUGGCAACAUCCAGGUCUUAAAGGAUGCCUCCAUGAUGCUCUACCUUUCCAAUCAAUCUGUUAUUCCUGCACCAUUCAAGGCACAGAUGGCCCGCAGUAAUUCUCUGUGGAGGAUUGAGCCCUGUAAGGGAGUAGUUCCUCCAGAGUCUGAGAUAUCAAUCACUCUGAUAGCACACCUGGAUGAUACUGUGCAAGUCCAGGACAAAGUCCACCUGGCCGUGGAGAACAGCAUUUCCUAUAUCGUCCCAAUCCAGGCCACUGGCAUUGGUACCACCAUUGUCACUGACAAGCCCUUUGCUCCAGCCAUCGAUCUGGGACCCCACUUCAGUUUGGACCCUUGCUGCUAUCGCUUCAAGGUAACAAACCGUGGACGUCGCACCCAUCAGCUUUACUGGAUGACAGAGGGUUUCCCCCCAUUUUGCCAGUACAAGACCCUGCCUGCCACAAAGAACAGGAGUGCCCAUCCAAAACCUGAUCCCCGGUUGCCUGUGUUUAAACUGCAGCCAUUGAGGAUGGAACUGGCCCCAGGAAAGUCCAUGGACAUGAUACUGGAAGGCUCUUCUGACACUCCCAGGGUGGUGAAGGAAAGGCUGAUAUGCCAUGCCAUCAUAGGGAAGCACUCCGGGAAGGAGCGUAUCAUGACAGUGGAUGUCAUCUGCGAAUUCAUUGCACCCGUUCUACAGAUUUCCUCCAGAGCCAUCAAAUUCCAAGUGGAAAAGAGCCCCGGUGGGGCCUUGACUAUGCAGUAUGAGCCUUUGAACUUAAACAAUGUAUCGUCUUUGCCAGUCAACAUCCUUCUGUCCUUGCAAUAUCCCUUCCUUCUCUGCAAUAGCCAACAGCAAUGUCUCCCUGCACCCUGCAAGCCUAUACCGGUAGACGUUAAUGGGGAACAACAUCUUUGUAUCGGGUUUGACCCCACUUACAGAGAUGACCUUUAUAAUCGAGUUGCAGAGGAAGUCUUAACUGUACGUUACCUUGAGCAUCCUCACAUGGACCAAGUCAACCUUCGGGGAGAAGUGCGCUUCCCAAACCUGGACUUCGAAACUAUGGAUCUGAAUUUUGGCUGCAUUUUGAAUAACACAGAAGUUGUUCGCUACGUUAAUAUGACCAACUUCAGCCCUCUUGUUGUCAAAUAUUGCUGGUCCUUUCUGCGGAGUGCCCCUGGGACCCAAAUCAGAUUCAGUCCCAGAGGGACCUCACCUCUUAAUGAACAGAAACCCACAAUGGAGUACCAAGUCCUACAGCAGUCUCAAGCAUCCCCACGUGAGAGUGAAGACUCUGAGAGAUAUGAGGCUAUAGAAGAAACUGAGACCUGUAUAGGUGAAGAUGAGACUUCUGUUAGACAACUUUCAGAUACUGGGAAUGAGAGUUCAGAGAGAAAGACCUCGCCAAGUGCUGAUGAAGUGGAAAGAAUUCUUCUAAAAAAGAAUCAGGAAGAGAACAAGAAAGCGCCCAAGGAGCAUCAUACAACAAGCGUGGAAGAAGUGUUUGACAUCCUUCCCCUGUAUGGGAUUCUGCAGCCAGGGGAAGCUCAGCAAAUGACAUUCACUUUCUAUGGCCACGCCGACAUUGUGGCCUGCGUCAAAGCAGUUUGCGAAGUGGAAGGCGGCCCCACCUACGAGAUCCUGCUCCGUGGUGAGGCCUCUCAUGUCAGUUAUGCAUUUGACAACAAGGAGAUUAACUAUGGGUUCCAGCCUUUUGAUCAAGUCUGUGAGGCCGAGAUCACAUUGAGGAAUACCGGAAAAGUUGGAUUUCUGUACACUAUUCUCGAUGAAAUUCAGGCUUCAGCCAACAACCCUCCACCCGGUGUGCCGCUGACUCUGCCCUUCAGUAAUUAUAUUGAGUCACAAAAAGAGCAGGUGCUGAAAGUCUAUUAUUUGCCUGGUAUACCUGAGGCCUUUCACAGGACUUUCAAGAUCCAAGUAGCUCACCUGGAACCAGACCACAUCACUCUGAAAGGAGAGGGUAUCUUCCCCAGAAUUCUCCUGGAUCUGCCCAGAAACAUACAAGGAAAUGAUCUUUUCAGCAACAUCCUCAGAGAGGCCAAGCAACGUCUUGAACAAAAUUCACUGCAAGAGACACUGUUCAGCAGCCUAGAGGCUACGUGUCCCUCCAUGGAUGAAAACUCCACUGCAUUCGACAUACUGCUGCACGUAGAAGUGGAGAGGCUGCUUGUUCAACAGCACGCCCUGGAGCAGCAGCGGUUCUUGGCCUCUGAAGACCCAACCAUUAGCCAGAGAGCUUUCCGGAGACUCGUCAAAGCGCAUCUACCUGAGUACAUCUUGAACUUCGGCUUUGUUAUUUUGGGUACCGUAGUGACACAUAUUGUCAAAAUCACCAACACCAGCAACUUCCCUGUGUCCUUCCAUGCAGACAAGCGGAACCUGCAAGAUACAGGUUUCACCACUGAACUGGACCGAGUGAAGCACCUGCCAUACCGCGAGACUGAGACCUUUGAAAUACGGUUUGACCCCCAGAGUGCCAACCAGCCUCUUGGAGAGGUGAAAGUGCUGCUGCCCAUCAAGGUAGUGUCUGGGCCCACAUUUCACAUCUCUCUCCAUGCCACAGUCAUCAUGCCAUCCCUCUGCAUAUCCAUUGAAAACUGUGAAUUCUCCGCUGUGCAAUGUGGCCAGUGUCAAGUGGAGACUGUUCAGUUUCAUAAUCAGCUGCAAGUCGCAUGCCAGUGGUUUGCCACCAGCAAUGAGCGAACGAAAAAGGUGGACAAGCACAUGCCGGCAGCCUUGCGUAGGAAAAUGCGCCAAGAACUGAAGAGCAAGCCGCACGUCUUUGAGAUGAUCCCUUCCUGUGGGAUCCUGGCUCCUGGAGAGCGGCUUACUGUGCAAAUAAAGUUUGCACCAAGAGAAGAGAAAUUCUACAGCAACGACCUGAUUGUGAGCAUCGCUCAAAGCACUCAUCAGCUGCAUUUCCACGUCACAGGACAUGGUCUAGAGCCACGUCUAGAGUUCAUCCCUUCUAUUGUGGAACUUGGACCCCUCCUGCCUUACGCUCUUGGGGAUGAGGCCGAAGUGGUGGUGAAGAACCCAUGCAGCUUCCCCAUUGAGUUCUAUUCCUUGGAACUGGACCAGCAGUAUUUGUUGGAAGAACGGAUUUUGCGAAUGUUGGAGGGCUAUGACAGCCAUAAAAUGCUCCUGUUGCCUCCUCGCUUGCCUGGUGAGAGGCUGCCUCCUGAAGUGCUAGAAUAUUAUGAGAAGCAGAAGAAGACUCUAGAAGAAGAAGAAAUCGCCCCUGCAUCUGAACACAAAAUAAAGCCGCUGCCUUCUGGUAUGGUAUCCGCCGGCUCUGUUCUCCUUUCUGCUACGCAUUUUGAAGGACCCCGCACUUAUAGGGUGGAAUCAAAAUUUGAUCAGGAGGAGGAAGAGGAAGAAGAGAGCCCUGAAAAAGUCCAAGUGCAAGGACAAGGACAAGGCAGUCAGCUGAGCGUUGUCAAACUGAAGGAGGUUGUGGGAGAAAUAGACCACAAUCCUGUUUCCCGUGCUAUUGCCCGCCACCUAGACAUUGACAUCUCUCCAGAAGGACGGGCUGCCCAAAACCGCAGAGGCAUUGCCAUUGUGAUCCACGGGGCUCCCCUUACAGGGAAGACCAGUGCAGCCAUUACCCUAGCCAAACUUUACAGUGCUGCCUGCUUGUCCAUUGACUCUGUGGUACUAGAAGCCAUCUCUGAAGGGAGCAGCCCAGCAGCCCUCCGUGCACGGGAACUCUGCAUCCGAGCCGCCCUAGAGGAUUCGCAGCGGGAAAACAAUGAAGCUGGAGCUGAUGCACCGCCAGCUACAUCUCUGGGUGCCAGGUUGAGUGCUGAAGCUUUGGUCAAGCGCACCCCAGAAGGCAGCCAGCACAGUUCUGAUACUAAAAUAGGACCACUGACAACCACUGCUAGAGGCUACCGGGGAAGUUCAGUAGCAGCCAAGGGCAAGCCUGAGAGUCAUGGGUCACAGGCCCCAAAACAACUACAACCACAACAUCAACAGCCUGAUCAACCUGUAUCUCAGACUCUAGCCAGUUCCAUCACAAGUCUUCCCAUCCAGCGGCGCCUUAGCAUCAGUGCCAGCACAGCAGGAGACUCUGUCAUGCUGAGCUGUGUGUUUCCUGAGGAGCUCUUGGUGGAGAUUCUCUCUGAGAGAAUGCAGCUCAACGACUGCUUUCGUGGUGUUGUAUUUGACGGGCUGGAGACUUCGUUUGCUCGCAACAUUCCAACAGCACUCCUCUGCCUACUCAAAGCAAUUAAUAAUCGGCGCCACAUAUAUUUUGUGAACCUGUUCCAGGACUUUGCAGCCAUGAAAGCCAGAGAAAAAGCCAAGCAAGAGCAGGAAGAACGGGAGCAGCAGGAAGCCACUGCACGGGAGAAGGCUCGUCUUCAGGAGAUGGAUGAAGAGGAAUAUGAUGCCCUCACCGAGGAGCAGAAAAUCCUGUUUGACAGUGAACUGUUGCAGGCACUGCGGGAGCGGAAAAAGAGGGAAAUGGAGAAACUGGCUCGGGAAUUGGAGGAAAAGAAACACCAGCAGGAGCUGGAGCGUUUGCGUGAAGAAGAGGAGAUGAAGAAGAAAAGCAAGCGGUACAAGAGGGAUUUGGCAAAGGAGAAAGAAGAAAAGAAGGGCCAGGCAGCAGCCAAACAAACCGCCCCUUUUCCCUCUUUAAAAUCAGACCAAAAGCUGAAUGAAGGAGUUGAACGGAAAGCAUCUGCUAAGGAACGCCUCGAUGCAAAUGCCAAUGACAAGGAAGAGAAGAAAAAGAAGAGCAAGCCCGCACAGAAUGGACAGCAAGUGGGGGCACCCCCUGGGGCCCAGGAGGAGGAAGAAACUGAGAAGGAAAUGAGUGAAAGUGAGAAGAAUCUGGCUGAGCGGUUCAGGCACUUCGAGGCCUCACAGAAAGACAUUGUUCAGAUCCUUUUGUUCUGGGAUCGGGUUCAGGGCAUCCAGCUGCCACCCCCAGGCUCUGAGGAAAAACAGGAGGAAGCAGAGGACCAGCGGCAGGCACCAUCAGGCCGCAAGGGCCGCAAGGACCGGGAACGAGAGCGGCAGGAAAGGCUGGAGAAGGAGCGAGCCGAGAAAGAGAGGCUGGAAAAAGAGAAGGCUGAGAAGGAGCGUCUAGAGAAGCUGAGGGCCAUGGAGGACAACAGGAUUGCAGGGCAGGAGGGAGAAGGGGAAGUAGACAGUGUUGGAGUCCCAUGCAUAGAAAUCCAGGUGCUCAGUUCUGAGGAUUCUGUCAGCCAGAGGAUCCAAGAGAGCGGCAAGCUUCCAAGCGUACACCAGAUCUUGAAUAGCUUAGGACUGGGUCCUUCAGGGCCUCCCACCCCCCGUGCUGCCUUCUUCUCGAUGGUACCGUACCCAGAGAAACGAAUACUGCCUGCUCCAGGGGAGGCAAUCAAGCACUUCACCUUCAUUAUACCAGAAGAUGCAAGUGUCACCGAAGAUGAUAAGAAGGAUGCUGAAUUCACUGCAGAGAUCAUGAACAGUCUCCCAGCAGUGAAGGAGGAACAGAUCACCCCAACUCGAGGCAGGUCCAAGAAGGAAAAGCCCGAGUCAACCCGUGAGCCGUCGAAGGAUAAAAAGGGCCCAGUUCGUAGCAGGAAGGGCGCUCAUCCCAGCCCUGGCUCGUUGACACCUCUGUCGGAGAUAGAUCAAACUGCCCUGUCUGCAGAGCCGUCCACUGAGAAGCUUAUCAAGCUGACCUCCUUUCGUUGGAUUGUCCCUGCCAAUGGGGAAGUUUUGAUGCGCAUCCAUUUCUCCUCCACAAAAACAGGACUGUUUGAUCAAGUCUUCAACUUUGAGAUCCAGGGAACACGGAGACAGUACCAGGUUUACUGCAGGGGGAUCUGCACAUAUCCGACCAUUUCCCAAGACCCCAAGAUAGUGUUCCCUCACCAUAAGAAGAGUGCCAGACCUGAUGAGAUUUUCUUCAAUAAGUACAUAACGAGCUUGGGUGUGUUUCAUUUUGGCCCCUUGCUCUGCGGGAAGUCAAGAGAUAAGUACAAGGCAAACCGAUGCCUGAAUCACUUUGAAAACAUAACCAUCCUCAACGUAUCUCCUUUGGACUGUGAAAUAUCUUUCUUCUUCCAGUAUGAUGUCAAGGCAAUCACUUACCUCUUGGACCCGCCCACCAUGACACUGAAGCCCAAUGAACAACAGGAACUGACAGUAUGGGCCUAUCCAACGGGCACCGGCAUGUUUGCAGACAACAUUGUCUGCUGCAUUAAGGAAAAUCCAGAGCCUAUAACCUUCCGAAUCUGCUGCCAAGGAGUUCGCCCAGAGCUCGAGCUAGACCGCAAACAACUCCAUUUUGAAAAGCUCCUUUUACACAGGAAGGAAAGCAAGGCACUCUUCUUCAAGAAUAACACCCCACUGCCCGUAGCAUGGCGGAUCAGUGGCCUGGAGAACAUUGGCGAGGACUUCAGUGUGUCAGAUGAUACCGGGAUUGUUGAAGCCUUCUCUGAGUACUGUCUGCAGGUGUACUUCAAGGCUUCCAAGGCAGUCAACGUUAAGAAGGCCAUUCGCCUAGAGGUUUCAGAUGCAGAAAACAUCCUGGGGAUUGUCCAGCUCGAAACCAUACAGAUCAUCGCCGAGGCUUAUGACGUUGCCUUGGACAUCAGCUUCCCCAAAGGUUCAAAUGGUAACUUGGAGUUUGGGUUUGUGCGAGUCUUGGAUGAAGCUAAACAGACGGUGACCCUGAAGAACAAAGGGAAAUAUGAGAUUGGUUUCAGUUUUUCCGUGGAGUCCACAGAGCCUGGAUCACCCAAUCUGAGCCCGCUGUUCUCCAUCCAGCCGCAAAAGGGAAAUUUGGGCCCCAAUGACCGUCCUUCUCAGGUCCAGAUACUUUUUCGCUCCAAGAAGGAAGUGAAUGUGGAGGACAAGCCCAUUCUGAUGUGCCAUGUUAUUGAGCCCAGCCUGGGUGAAGGAGGGGAGGUCAUUGCCAGUAUUCCAGUGAAAGUGACGGUUCAUUCAUUGUUCGCCAAGUACAACAUUUCCCCUCCUGCAGUCAUCAACUUUGGGCCCUUGAUGUACAGUUCCCGGAAGAGCAGCAGUUUCAUCAUUGAGAACAAAGGUUGCAUCGAGUUUAAGUUUGGCAUCUUCAAACAGGUCCGAGACAUCGUUAAUCUGCGGAAAAACACAUUGCACAUCAAAAACUCCCGCUCUCGUGAAGGAGACGUCCGGCAGAACGCUCUGCUGGGCAGACAGAGCAAGCGUUCUGAAUCUAUGCAGAAGGAUACGAGCCUUGUAGCUCAGGCACGCUUCUCCAUGGGUAUGUUCAAUUUGUUUCCUGGAUUUGGCUCCAUUCCACCAGGCUGCCAACAAGUCAUCACCGUGGAUUGCUUGGCAGAUUCCAUUGGGAAGAGUGAAGAAUACCUGACCAUCGAGAUCUCUGACAGGGACCCGGACGACAACCCUAAUGGCAUUCCGUACACGCUUAUUGCAGAAUCGUGCAUCCCAGGCUUUGUGAUUGAUGAUGUCAGAUCUAUAUUUGAGGAGCAUCAGAUCUGCACCAGCAGCUGCCUCAGCCAGGUGCUGAAGGGCUUAGGGUGUAAAGGUGUCUUUGUGACCGAUGAGAACAGAUUUAUCUUCAAUAACGUCCUAGUUGGGCACCAGGCAACAGCCCGGUUCAAGAUCUACAACCCUGGCCGAAUCCCCUGCGAUGUGCUUCUUGCUGUCAAACCAAUCUCUGCCAAAUCUACCAUUCGCAUCAGUGACACCUUUGAGGUCCACCCUUCACGCAUGUGCAUCGCUAGCCGUUCGCACGCCUUUGCAACUGUAUCCUUCUUGCCGCAAGUGAUGCAGAACUACCAGUGCAUUUUUGAGGCUUCUGUGGAUGCUGUGACCAGCAUGGCUGCUAAAACAAAGAGUUUGUCAUUUGAGGUCACUGGGGAUGGAAACCUUCCACAGGUCACCAUUGUUCGCCCUGCACUCCGCAAUAAAAAAGGAAACCCACUUCUCCUCUUCAAGAAACUACUGUUGGGCAAUACAGAGACUCUCCCUCUUGUCCUUAAGAACAGCAGCAGUGUCCUGGUCCAGCUGCAUCUUGAUAUAUCAGAUGAAAAUGGAGCUUUCUUGCUGAAACCUAAACCCGGCACCAACUGCACUUACAUGUCUCAAGCUGAAGACAGCGAAUCCAGUGAGGGAGGCAGGAAACCACACACGGCCGCGCUGGUCUUGCACUGUGAGGAAUCGGCUGAGUUCAGUGUGGUUUUCCAAGCAACUGUGACCCAGCAUUUUGAAGGGCAGAUCCACCUCUCUAUCGUGGACAACCAGUAUGAGGAGACUGUCAUUCAGAUGGUAGGCGAAGGCUACCAGGACGAUGUCACACUGGACAACAUAACCAGCUUGGUGGCAGAGGGUGAUGGGGAGAAUGCUGAGAGGCAUCUGGAAGAGGAUGUAGCAGAGAGUGCUAGAGUGGAUUAUAUCCAGUUUGGGGACUGUUACAUCGGGAAGACCUAUCAAACGACGUUCACAAUAACCAAUCACAGCAAGUCUGAUGUGAUGAGAUUUGAAUGGCCCACUUGGGGCCCGCUUCAGUUUUCUCCACAGGUCGGCCAUCUCCACGCCGGAUGCUCCAAACACACCAUCCUGACCUUAAAAUCCAGCAUGCCCAUCACCUUCAAAGCUCAGCCAGUCAAGUGCAAGGUUUGCAAGAUUGCCUUCCAGCAACCAGCUGAGCAACUGCCCGAUUGGGACGAUCGCCUGCACACAGUCAAGUGGGUCGAUGUUUCGAAGACAGGCCCGCACACGCGCCCGUCUAAGAAGAAGGUGAUAGAGACUGAUCCUGAGCCUGCUCACACUGUUGUGGAGGACAGUGACCGGGAGCUGGAGCUUCGGGUCAGCGCUACUAUCGAUUUUGCCCAGUUUGAGAUGGAGGUGGAACCUGUGCACUUCAAGGAGACUCUGCUCUUCCAGACACGAGUUUUCAAAAUGGAACUGUCCAAUACUGGGAAUGUGCAGCUGGAUUACUUCUGGAAAGUGGUCAUGGAGGACAGCGGGAGGGCAGUCAACUUUGCUAAGGAACUGGGACCAACAAACUCAGAAGGGGAACCUCCAUCUGCUACAUCAUGUCUUUCCGACAGCCGACCCCUCAGCCAGCUCGGGAGCAUGUUAGAAAGCUUGUCUUCCUACCUGCUCCCAGUAGCCCUCCGCCCCCCGUUCUCCAUAGAGCCCAGUUCUGGUAUCAUCCCUGCUGGGAGCUCCCAGGUCCUCCAAGUGAAAUUCUCUCCCCAGGAACUGGGAGAGUUUGAGGGUCGUCUACUCUGCAGUAUUUCUAACCUGAAGGAGGACGAGGAAGGCCCAGUGGUGGCUGUAAAGGGGAAGAGCCUCCUGCCUUACUGCCAUUUUGAGCUGAAAGAGUCCGAUUACAUCACUGCAAACAGACGCAAUCCAGACCUGCGAGGACCUGGGGGGACAGCCCUGGAUCCAAACACAAAAGUGAUUGAAUUCACGGCCCUAGGAGUGCACGUCAGAAAUAUCCAGAGCUUUACAAUCGUGAACCCUACCAACACCCCUUACACUUUCCAGUGGAUCUGUGAGCAACAGAAGGAAAUACAAAAACAAUCUGCCUUUGUCUGCCUUACCGAGAAGGGUCAGCUCCGACCUGAGAAAAAAGUGCAGGUCACAUUUGAAUUCCUCCCUGAACAUCUGGAUGUCACAGAAUCCUUUUGGACCUUUACAAUCCCUGAACACAAAAUUUCUGUCCCAUUCCUCUUGGUGGGCCACACCACAGACCCUUCUGUGUCUCUGGAUAGAUACCAUAUCAACUUCCACUCACUCUUGAUUGGACACGAGGCACGGAACAGCGUCAAUAUUAUAAACAAUGAGAACGAAACCUUCAGUUUUGCUUUCAGAGAGAGCACCCGCUUUUCAGAGGGACGGCUCAACUGUCUGAAAAUACAGCCCAUGGAAGGCUCCAUCCCACCUUGUUCCAGGAUUCCUGUCAAUAUCUUCUUCAUGCCAAUGCUGGAAGGGGGCGUAAACUUUAACCUGAUAUGCGAUGUCAACAGGAAAACCCAUCCUCUUUGCUUGAAUGUCAAGGCCACUGGCCACACCAUGAACUUGACUGUGAAGUGCGAAGAAAGUAGCAGUGUGGUUAUUGAGCUGGACUCUGAUAAGGUGAACACUAUCAAUUUUAAAGAGAUACAAGUGAACGAUUAUGCCCACUAUACCUUCUCUAUCCAAAACACUGGAAAAUUCAACUUUGCCUUCACCUGGAAGUUCAACAACACCAAAGGACUGCAGCGAUAUUUUGCCAUCUCUCCAAAUAGCGGCAUGGUGGAUACUGGGGAAUUUGUGGAGAGCACAUUGUCAUUCCACCCACUGAAAAAAUGUACCUUAAAGGAUGUUGAGCUCAGACUACAGAUCAGCCAUGGCCCCACAUUUAUUUGUGCACUCCGAGGUUCAGCUGUAUCUCCCAACAUACAUUUCUCCUUCACUAAAGUGGACUUUCGAAACUGCUUCAUCUACCGCGCUGGGAUGCCCGUUCCCAAACGGGUCCUGACAGUCACAAACAAGGAUGACAGAGUUUUAAGCCUGGACUGCUUGUUCACCAGCACACCUUACCUUGAGGUGGGUUUCCAGGGUGAUGUGCUAAGUCCUGGAGGAAAGAUAGAGAUUCCAUUCACCUUCUAUCCCCGAGAGGCCAUUUCUUACCAUGAAGCUGUCACCUUUGAAAUCAACGGGCUCUCAAAACAGAUCGUUGAAGUUCUUGGGAACGGGAUUGAGAUGACGAUCGAUGUUGUUCAGCCUCCCAGCAAAGUAUUGAAACUUGGAGCUGUUUCUCCAGGACACACUGUGAAGAAAACAGUUACCUUGGUGAACAACAGCGUUUGCUUUGUCUCCUUCAACCUCGGUUUUAUGUCCAGUGUGCCGGAGUUGCAGGAAGGAAAGGUUCUGACCAUGUCUCCAUCUACUGAUAUCAGCCUGAAGUCCAGAGGUGGCACCUGCCACGUGGAGGUGACUUUCAGCCCGAAAAGCCGCAUCCUGCAGUUCACAGAGGAGGUUCUCCUUGAGUACCAUGGAAUUCUGCAGUCUCUCUUCAUAGUGCAAGGAUGCUGCCAGGGCAUCGAAGUCAGCCUGGACCAGAAUUAUGUCCCUUUCGGUGCAGUGAUACUGCGGAGUCAGGCAUCCAGACGGAUCAUGAUGCACAACACAGGAGACAUUGGAGUAGGAUUUAAAUGGGACACUAAGCGCUUCAAACCAGAUUUCUCCAUCAAACCUGCGGAGGGCUACAUUUCUCCAGGGAUGGACGUCUCCUUCGAAGUGACCUUUCACCCUUGCGAACAGAGCCAGGACAUCUGCUAUGAGAACCUGCAGUGUCAGAUCCAAGGCAGUGAACCCCUCAAGCUCACCCUGAGUGGAUGCUGUGUGGGACUCGCCCCAGUAAAAGAGGUGGUCAAUUUCCAAUGCCAGGUGCGUGCCAAGCAUACACAAACCAUAAUGCUGUCCAACCGGACCAUUCAGCCCUGGACCCUGCGGCCCAUCAUUGAGGGAGAGCAGUGGAAAGGCCCAGAGUUCAUCAGGGUGGAAGCCCACCAGCAAAACAAGCCCUAUGAGAUCACCUACAGGCCCCUCGCCAUGAAUGUGGAGGGCAAGAAGGAUCAGGGCUCCAUCUUCUUCCCGCUCCCAGAUGGGACAGGGCUGUUAUACCACCUGCAAGGCACCACAGAGCCUCCCAAGUCUGCAGGGAACAUCUUGAGAGAAGUUCCAUGUAAAACGUCCUACACCGAGCUGCUUCCCAUCUCCAACUGGCUCAACAAACCACAAAGGUUCCGUGUCUCAGUGGAAAUUAUAAAACCAGAACGCCUGGAAGUUAUCACGACCUUGAAAACACUGGAUUAUAUUGAUGUGCCCGCUGCUGCCAAGAAGGAUCACAAGCUCACCUUCUUCUCUUACAAGGAAGGAAUGUUCUCUGCAAAGGUGACGUUCCGCAACGAGGUGACACAGGAGUACCUUUUCUACCUGAUCACUUUCAAGGCUGUCCCUUGUGGCCCUCUUGGCACCAUUGAGCUGACCACCUCCGUCCGGCACAGCACUUCCUCCACCGUGAAGGUUGAAAACCCACUGCAAUAUCCAGUGACCUUCAACACAGACUGUAAAGUGCCUGAUAUCACCCUCCCACCCCAGAUUGUCGUCCCGGCUCAGUCUGAGGGAACAUUGUCCUUCGAAUUCCAACCAAUGAGACCUGGAGAAACUAGUGGACGCCUGUCCCUGAACAGCAAUGAGUUGGGUUCCUUCCAGUAUGAUCUGAUCCUGAAAUCCACACCAGCCCGGCCAGAGAGGGCCCUUUACUUCUGUACCAUGCUGGGCAGCAGCCAGAGCCUUAUCACCAAGUUUGUCAACUACACCCGCCAGAAGACAGAGUAUUCCACCAAAAUUGACAGCCCCGAUUUCCACGUAGACAAAGUUAUCAGUGCAGCUGCAGGAUCUCAAACAGGCACAGAAGUCAACGUGGAGGUGACCUUCGAGCCUUGCCAGCUGGGAGAAAUGAGGGGAACGCUUGUCCUCUCCUCUGUCAUAGGGGGAGACUAUACAAUCCCUCUGUGUGGCACAUCAGUUCUCCCCAAGCCCCAGGGGCCUUUUCAGAUCAGAUCUGGCUCCAACACAACCAUCGUCUUCAAGAAUGUGUUCUUGCAGCCCAUGACGUUUUCCUAUGCUGUAGAGAACCCAGCCUUCACCGUUAAGGCACCGGAAAACAUUCGUCCCAAGAAAACUGCCACAAUUGUAGUCUCUUUUGACGGACACCCCAGUGGCAACAAAGCCCCUGUCACCAGCAAGUUAGUUGUCUCUUGCCCACGUGCGACUGGAAUGGGCUCAGGCAUCUCCUGGGUUUACUAUCUAAAGGGGAUCUUGCCUGAUAAAUGAGCUUAUAGCAUCUCAUAGAGUUGUCCCUUUUGUUCAAGCCUUGAGGAAGGAAAGGCCCCUUAAACUUGAUUCCUAGUGUCUGAUUCCAAAUGGGAUGCGUUCCUUCCUUCCAGCUGCACUUUUCAAGAACAGAAAAAGCCCUCUGUGGGUAAAUGUCCCCAAGACAAGCUGGAAGAACUGCAGGGCGUGUUCUGAAGGCCUUGCACAGGUAAGAUCCUCACCAAAACGUACAGAGGUUGCUUUUAUACAGGAGGGCACCGUACACUACCCUAGGAAUAUCCGUCCCAUCUUGAAGAUGUAUUUCAAUAAAAGUCGUAACAACUGAAUGAACCAACAGAAGUAACAGCCCAAAAUGUUGCCUGGAAAUGUGCAAGAUGACCCCCCCACCUUGAAACCCACAAUCUGAAAAGUUUCACAUUCCUUUCGGCAAGGCUCAUUUGUUAUAUAAGAUCUUAUUUUGGAAUAAACUUAUUAAAUAAAG